AUGGAUAGUCAUGAUUCCUUUGGGCUUGACAACCAAGCUAUGGACAAAAUACAAGAGAGUAUGCGACAAGUCCUUGUUUCAGGACGAGCUAUCAGUGACCUUGAGGAGGAGAAGCCUAUGAGAGCUGAACAUCUUCUUCCAGCCCUAGAUAAAGCAUUAGGUGACAAGACGUCACCAAUUCCGACAUAUCUUGUUUUUGGCAUGGAAAUGCUGCUCUCGACGUAUAAAUCUUUCCCUUGGUCAAACACAGAGCGCAAUCCAGCUGACUGUCGGCUUUCAUCGCUAAAGUUUGCGAAUUAG